AUGUUUGUAAACGCCGUGUACUAUCCCAGUUGGAAGAUAUACAAAGGUCAGAGGCCGUCUUUGUUGAAUGUAGCCUGUAUAACUCAUAUAAUUUACGCUUUCGCUUGGGUGCAUGCGAACGGCACUGUGAACCUGAGCGAUCAAUGGGCUGAUGCUGAUAUGAUCGUCGAUGGUCACUUAGGCUGUCUUAAUGCCUGUACUGCACUGCGACAUGCAACACGUCGUAUGCCCAAAGUCCUCCUCUCAUUAGGUGGCGGAGGCGAAGGGAGUGAACACUUCGCCGCCGCCGCCCGAACGGUCGAGACACGUAAGCGAUUUGCGAUUACAGUCAAAGAAAUUGUACUGAAAUAUGACCUCGAUGGAGUGGACAUUAACUGGGAGUGUCCGCAAGACGAAGAAGAAGGAGAGAACUAUGUUCAACUAUUAGCCACACUCCGGGGUUACUUGCCUCUAGAACGCUUCGAGGUCACUGCGGCGCUCCCAUCCAACGAAUGGGCGCUGAAGAACAUCGACCUAUCACGCGCAGCAUCGUACCUCAACUACGUCAACCUCAUGACAUACGACUUUUCAGGUCCUUGGCUGAACAAGACAGGCCAUCAUGCUCAACUAUAUACUCCUGAAGAACCUCACUCUCUUGCCGCCACUCUCUCGGUAAACUAUGCUGCCUCAUUGCUUGCUGUGCGCAAUGUUCCGUUUCACAAGAUUACGCUAGGCAUACCUCUUUAUGGAAGAUCAUUCUUGCGCACGCACGGGGUCGGCCACUCUUACAAUGGUCAAGGAGGUGAACUAGGCGUUUAUGACUAUCGCGACCUACCUCGACCAGGCGCUCAGGAGUAUGUUGACGAGAAUGCCGUAGCAGCAUAUUGUAUUGGUACGAAUGGCGAGUUCGUCACCUACGACAAUCAAAUCACUGUCGAGAAGAAGGCAAUCUAUGCACGUAACAACCGGCUAGCAGGCCUUUUCUACUGGGCAGGGACGGGGGAUGCACAGGGAGAUAAAAGCUUGGUGCGUACCGGUUACAUGAGUCUACAUGGGUUUUAG